AUGCGCCCUGGGAAGAUGGCACCUGCCGCGGGCUGCUGGGCUGCGAGGGUGCUGUGGGCGCUGCUGGCGGCGGCGCUGGCCCGGGGCCGGGCGGCGCUGGCCGUGACCGAGCAGUACCCGGCCUUGUCCCUGCUUAAGCAGGAGCUGCACCGGCAGCGCCAGGGCCCGGCGGCGGGCUGCGCCUCGGCGGGGGAGUGGGUAGAGCAGUACUCGGCCGAGUGCGACUCAUCCUUUUUGCACUUCUAUGAAUCUGACUGUGACAUAAGAGGAUCUUCAUCUUGCGAGUCUGUGCUUUCUCUCAACACUGAAAAAAUCUUGAGCCAAGCGAAGUCACUUGCAGAGCAAAAAAGAUUUCCAUUUGCUACUGAUAAUGACAACACAAAUGAAGAGUUGGCAAUUGCUUAUGUGUUGAUUGGCAGCGGCCUGUAUGAUGAAGCCAUACGGCAUUUUUCAACAAUGCUGCAGGAAGAGCCAGAGCUGGUUAGUGCAAUUUAUGGACGAGGGAUAGCAUAUGGGAAAAAAGGACUACAUGACAUGAAAAAUGCUGAACUUGCUCUGUUUGAGUUCAGUAGGGUAAUUAGUUUAGAACCAGAUCAUCCUGAAGUAUUUGAACAGCGAGCAGAAAUAUUAUCCCCACUAGGCCGGAUUAGUGAAGCUUUAUCUGAUCUUACCAGAGCUAUUCAGCUGCAACCCUCGGCACGACUCUACAGGCACAGAGGUACCCUUUACUUCAUAUCUGAGGAUUAUGCAACAGCCCAUGAAGACUUUCAGCACUCAUUGGAACUGAACAAAAAUCAGCCUAUAGCUAUGCUUUAUAAAGGCUUAACCUUUUUUCACAGGGGACUUUUGAAGGAAGCCGUUGAAUCAUUCAAAGAAGCUCUGAAGCAGAAAGCAGACUUCAUAGAUGCAUAUAAAAGUCUGGGACAAGCAUACAGAGAGCUUGGCAACUUUGAUGCUGCUACAGAGAGCUUCCAGAAGGCUUUGCUGCUAAAUCAAAAUCAUGUUCAGACAUUACAGCUCAAAGGAAUGAUGCUUUAUCAUCAUGGUAGCUUAGAUGAAGCACUGAAGAAUUUUAAGAGAUGUCUGCAGCUAGAACCAUACAAUGAAGUAUGCCAGUAUUUGAAAGGUCUCAGCCACGUUGCAAUGGGACAGUUUUAUGAAGGCAUAAAAGCUCAAACUAAAGUGAUGUUAAAUGAUCCACUACCAGGCCAGAAGGCCAGCCCAGAAUAUCUGAAAGUAAAAUACCUCCGAGAGUAUUCUAGAUACUUACAUGCACAUCUGGAUACCCCUCUUACAGAAUAUAAUAUUGAUAUAGAUCUUCCUGGAAAGUUCAAGGACCACUGGGCCAAAAAUCUUCCUUUUCUUAUAGAAAAUUAUGAAGAACAGCCAGGAUUGCAGCCACAUAUAAAAGAUGUGUUAUUUCAGAAUUUUGAAAGCUACUAUAAGCCUGAUGUGCAAGAACUCGUAUGUGUAGCUGAUCAUCUGGGUUCAAUGAUGCAGUAUGAGACACCAGGAUUUCUUCCAAAUAAAAGAAUACAUAGAGCAAUGGGAUUGGCCACAUUAGAAGUAAUGCAAGCUGUACAGCGGACUUGGGCAAACUCAAAAGUUCGGAUGAAUGGGAAAACCAGAUUGAUGCAGUGGAGAGAUAUGUUUGAUAUUGCUGUAAAAUGGCGAAGGAUAGCUGACCCCGACCAGCCUGUACUUUGGUUAGAUCAAAUGCCUGCCCGAAGCCUUAGCAGAGGUUUUAAUAAUCACAUUAAUUUAAUCAGGGGACAAGUCAUUAACAUGAGGUACCUGGAAUAUUUUGAGAAAAUUCUUCAUUUUAUCAAAGAUAGGAUCCUUGUUUAUCAUGGUGCUAAUAAUCCAAAAGGACUAUUAGAAGUUCGAGAAGCAUUGGAAAAGGUACAUAAAGUAGAAGAUCUUCUUCCCAUAAUGAAGCAGUUUAACAGUAAAACAAGAGAUGGGUUUACUGUGAACACUAAAGUCCCCAGCCUCAAGGAUCAAGGGAAAGAAUACGAUGGAUUCACAAUUACAAUAACAGGAGAUAAAGUGGGGAACAUACUAUUUUCAGUAGAAACUCAGACAACUGAAGAAAGAACACAGCUGUAUCAUGCAGAAAUAGAUGCACUAUAUAAGGAUCUAACAGCUAAAGGAAAAGUACUAGUUCUAUCUACAGAGCUGGAGGAAGCAGAUGCUGUGUGCAACUUGAUCCUGUCAUUAGUUUAUUACUUCUAUAACUUAAUGCCUCUUUCAAGAGGUUCCAGUGUGAUAGCUUAUUCAGUGAUCAUGGGAGCACUAAUGGCGAGUGGAAAAGAAAUAUCAGGAAAGAUCCCUAAAGGAAAGCUGGUUGAUUUUGAAGCAAUGACAGCAGCAGGGUCUGAAGCUUUUAGCAAAAUAGCAAGGAGCUGGAUGAAUCUAAAAAGUAUUUCUCCUUCUUACAAGACACUACCAUCAGUAUCAGAGACAUUUCCAACACUGAGAACAAUGAUUGAAGUACUAAAUACAGACUCGUCUCAUUGUUUAAAAAAACCUGUAAUUGUUGUGUAAUUUAUACAAAUAAAAAGCCAAGUCUCA